UCUAUGUCUCAUUGUCUCAAAGAAGUAAAGACAAAAAGAAGAAGAAGUACUUCUUUUUUCAGGUUCAAUUUGAGGUUGAAAUAGGUGUUCUCAGUUUUGUUUUUCCUGUCUUAUAAUCUAACUGCAGAAAAAUGGGAAAAAAGCGAAAAUUGAAAGAAUCGAAAGAGGAUGAGUUUGAAUUUGAUCCUAUACCGAAACAUUUGGUUGUUGCACAUUUAAAGAAUCAAGAAAAACGUUUGAUAAUUAUAUUGGAAGGUGCCCAACUGGAAAGUGUUAAGGUAGGGAAUAAAUUUGAAUUACUGAAUUGCGACGAUCACACACAUGUUUUGAAAAGUAACAAACGUGAUGUAGGAUCUUGUCGUCCUGAUAUAACUCAUCAAUGUUUGUUGAUGCUGUUUGAUAGUCCAUUGAAUAGAGCAGGUUUAUUGCAAGUUUAUAUACAUACUGCUAACAAUGUAUUAAUAGAAAUAAAUCCACAGACGAGGAUCCCUAGAACUUUUAAAAGGUUCGGUGGCCUUAUGGUACAACUUUUACACAAAUUUUCAAUAAGAGCAGAUGGUGGGCCGAAACUGAUGAAAGUAAUAAAAAAUCCUAUCACAGACCAUCUUCCAGUUGGUGUUAAAAAAAUAGCCAUGUCUUUUUCCUCGAAAGAAAUUCAACCUUGUCGAGAGUUGGUGCCAAAAACUGAAGAACCAAUCGCCAUAGUUGUAGGUGCAAUGGCUAGAGGCAGUGUUAAUGUCGAUUAUACCGAGGAUACUAUAUCAAUCAGUAAUUAUCCAUUAUCAGCUGCAUUGACAUGUACUAAACUUUGCUCAGCAUUUGAAGAAGCAUGGAAUGUAGUUUAAGAGGUGAUUUUGUUAGUAAAUAACUGUUUUUUUAUUGUUU